UUCACACGUAACAGAACGGCACUCAGGUCGGCCGGGUGCUGCUCACAGACCUGACACACACACACACACACACACAUAUCGACACACACAGAAUAACACACACACACACACACACAGACCGAGCCCCAGCUCACACCUUCACACACCUAAGCACACACACGCGGAACCCACGCCCUCCUCCAGCUCUUCAGAGCACCCUGCGCGACCUCUCGCUAUUGGCCAGGUCCGAGUUCUCAGCAUCCCCAUCAGCUGGUGGCACCAUUCGAGAGAGCAGGAGACAGAGGUGGGCCAUGGAGAAGCUUGUGCGGUUCCUGUUGGCGUUCCUCGCCCUCAAAGCGACUUUGGCCAGCCCCAGAUUCUCCCGCCAGGCGGAACUGGACACGUACGACGACACCAACUACGAUGUGGAUAUAGAGAACCUGGAACUGGAAAACCAGGAUAUGUACGACUACGAGGAAGGCCUGGGGGAGAACCCAGAGAUGGAGAUCGGAACCGUGCCUCCACCGGACCACAGCUACCCCUCACCCGGAGCCUCCUUGGAGGAAGAGGAGGAGGAGCGGGAAUAUGAAGAGGAGAUGCCCUUGAGAGCAAAGCAUGUGCAACAGGGCUCUGGGGACUCGGGAGUGCUCAUGGGUCCCAACACACAGAAAGAGGAGGAGCUUCGUCUGACGCCCGUUGACACCCUUCAUGUCUCCGGGGACUUCGGGGGCUCGGUGGGGUCCGGUACCCCGGGCGCGCCUGGGGCCUCAGGGUCUGGGGACUCGGGGGCUCCUUCCUCCGCGGGCUCCUCGGGCUCCGGGGACCUCGCCUCUGGCUCCGGAGGUUCUGGGGCCCCCCUCGCCGGAUCGGGGGAUCUCUCGGGCUCAGGGGGCUUCCCGGGGUCCGGUGGUUCCGGAGCGUCCGGGGACCAGCUUGGUUCCGGGGGGUCCGGGGUCGCAGAGACCUCCGGGGACGCCCUCCUGGGCUCUGGGGAAUCAGGGGACGUCUCCCUGGCCUCCGGGAGCUCCGGAGACCUCCUCGGUUCUGGAGGAUCAGGGGAUGUUUCCUUUGUGGAUCUCCUCUUGGGCUCUGGAGGGUCAGGGGACGUUCUCCUGGGCUCUGGGGGCUCAGGGGACGUUCUUCUGGGCUCCGGGGGGUCCGGGGACGUUCUCCUGGGCUCUGGGGGCUCAGGGGACGUUCUCCUGGGCUCUGGGGGCUCCGGGGAUCUGCUCCUGUGCUCUGGGGGCUCCGGGGAUCUCAUUGGUUCAGGGACCUCUGGGGAUCUCUCUGGCGAGUCUGGGGACGUGGACGUUACCUUGAUAUCUGGAGGGGAAGAGCUGCCCCUCACCCCCGACACAACUACACCCCAGGAGGCCUCGGGUUCUUCUGGGGAGUGGUCAGGGUCUUCCGGGGUCGCCUCUGGUGGCUCUGGAGACGUUGGCGAGUCUGGAACCUCUGGGGCCUCUGGCUCUGGGGAUGAACCCGGGGUCACACUGAUCCCGGACAUUGAUGAAGAGGAGGAGCUGCUUCCAAUUAAACCAGAUACCCCUCAGGAAGGUACUGGUAGUACGGAUGGCUCCGCCAUGCCAGACCCCGAAACCACGGUAGCUCCCGUAACUACGGUAGCACCCGUUGAGACUGAGGAGCCAGAAGUUGACUGGCGAGGUAUGCCCACAUGUCUACUGUGUACAUGCCUCGGUACUUCGGUCUACUGCGAUGACCUGAAGCUGGACAGCAUACCACCCAUCCCCAAAGAGACGACUCACUUCUACGCUCGCUACAACAGACUCACCAAGCUCCACAAGUCUGACUUUGCCUUCAUGAGCAAGCUGAAGAGGAUCGACGUCACGGCCAACGACAUCUCGUCCGUCGACGAGGGCGCCUUCUCAACGCUGCCAGCGCUGGAGGAGCUGGUGAUCAGGGAGAACCACGUCUCGCAGCUGCCCGCCCUGCCGGUCACCAUGACGCUCAUCGACGCUAGCCACAACGAGGUCGACACCAGGGGCAUCCACAAGGAGGCGUUUAAGGAUAUGGCUGGACUUCUGUACUUGUACCUGACAGACAACCACCUUGAUUACAUCCCUGUGCCUCUACCAGACAGCCUGCGAUCCCUGCAUCUCCAGCGGAAUAACAUCCAGUCGAUGCACGAGGACACCUUCUGCAAUCUGCAAGACUUCAACUACAUCAGGAACGCCCUGGAGGACAUCCGCCUGGACGGUAACCCCGUCAACCUCAGCCGGACCCCGCAGGCCUAUGUCUGCCUGCCCCGCAUCCCCAUCGGGGCCCUCGUCUGAAACACACACACACACGCGCACACACACACACACACACACCCUCUUGCACAACAUCUCCCAUGGAAACAUGGGAACACAUGCAUAGACACACACACACAAACACACACACAUCUCUGAACCCAAUGAAUCACACAGACGCACACACCCAAACACACAAAAUAAUGCCAUUACCCCCAACAGAUCGGCAACAUCACGUGCAGCCGUUUCAUGAAACACUAACGUCCCGACUUAUGUACAACUUGUAUGUUUCAAACACGACACACAAUAAGACGUUAACUAUUGCCAACGUGCCCACAGGGUACCGUCGUCAUGGUUCUCACACUCUGGUGGUUAAGAACACCGUGGUAGUGUGUGUAUAGGAAAUGCACCUCAGCUCGUCAAAACCUGUACGGCACAUUCAAUCGUGAACCCACACCCACAGACACACAUCACAAACACACACACUAGCUGUUUUCAGAAGCUAAACUGUUCCACAACUUGGUAAAGUUGAUAAGUACACUAGCUGACAUUCAGAGAAACCUGUUUUAAUGAAUGACCGCGUCGGACAGCCGGUAUGUUUCUGCAUCCUUUCAACACCGGUUCACAGAAACAGAAAAGGAAAACCGGAAAUUGUUUAAAUAUGUUUGUUUUGUAAAGAAGUUAUAUUAUUAAUAUUAAUGAGAAAUCGAACACUUUAAAACAUGUCCAUUAUGCUACGAUAGACGUUUUGAGGCUGGAGCUCAACGAAAUUGAGUAUCUAGUGCAAUAAAAUAAGCAUUUAAACAACAUCA